AUGAAAUCAAUCGCUCGAAGUUUCAUCUACUGGCCCGGUAUCGAUAAGGACAUUGAGGACUUCGUCAAGCGGUGCACACCCUGUUCUACUGCUGGAAAAUGCCCAACGAAGACAACGCUGGAAUCAUGGCCUGUUCCUGCCAAACCAUGGUCGCGUAUCCAUAUAGACUACGCAGGUCCUGUAGAUGGUCUAUACUUCCUGGUGAUAGUCGAUCCGUAUACAAAAUGGCCAGAUGUCUACACAACGCGAUCAACAACAUCCAAAACGACGAUCAAGCUACUAAACCAGACGUUUUCAAUAUUCGGCGUUCCGGAAACCAUCGUUUUGGAUAACGGGACACAGUUUACCAGUUAUGAAUUUCAAAAGUUCUGUGAAAACUACGGCAUCAAUCACAUUCGGACAGCACCAUACCACCGUCAAUCUAAUGGCUUGGCGGAGCGGUUUGUGGAUACUCUCAAGCGAAGUCUCCGGAAAAUUCGUUCGGGAGGAGAAACCAUUGAAGAAGCUCUACGAGUAUUUCUGCAAGUUUAUCGCAGUACACCCACAAGUGACCUGAAUGGAAAAUCCCCUGCUGAAAUGAUGUUCCAAAGGCCAAUACGAACAGUCAAUUCGUUGUUGAAACCUCCGGUUCAAGUUCCAGCGGAUUCCAGUGGAAAACCUGAAAAGCAAAAUGCGGCUUUCAACAAGAAGCAUGGAGCGGUUAAACGGCAGUUUGAACCAGGUGAAACGGUUUUCGCACAAGUUCAUCAAAACAAUUCAUGCAACGUCUCAUCUACAUGCAAAUCAAUUGAAGACACGUCUACCUGA